AUGUCAGCACUUCCAACACAUCCUUGGAAAGAAGUCAGCAUAGAUUUCUCAGAUCUUCCAACCGGAGAGCAUCUUCUUGUCAAUAUCGAGGAUUAUAGCAGAUUCCCAGUGGUUGAAAUUCUCACAUCUACUUCUAGUCAAGCGGUUAUCCCACAUUUGGAUCGCAUAUUUGCAUUGUUCGGUAUUCCAGAAGUUGUCCGUACUGAUAACGGACCACCUUUCAACAGCGAAUAUUUCAUGAAGUUCGCGAAACAUUUAGGAUUCCGGCAUCGUAGAGUCACACCGCGAUGGCAACGAGCCAAUGGAGAAGUUGAGCGAUUCAUGCGAGUUCUAAAGAAAGUUGUUCGCACAGCAACAGCCGAGCGUAAAUCUUGGAAACAAGAGCUGUUCACGUUUCUGAGAAACUACCGAGCUACUCCACAUAGAACGUCUGGGGCAUCACCAGCUACAGUAAUGUUCCAGCGUCCAAUCCUCACUCGCUUACCUGAGCCUCAAUCGCAAGCAGCACAUGACAGCGAAAUUCGCAAUCGCGAUAAGUCCAUGAAGCAGAAGCAGAAGGUAAACGCGGAAAAGCAUCGAAGAAUCCGAGAAUCGGAAAUAAGAGUCGGUAACCAUGUCCUUGUAAAGCGUGAUGGGCAUAUCGGUAAAUACACCACUCCUUUCGACACCAGACCAUUGAAGGUCAUAGCAAUCAAGGGUUCGCAAAUUGUUGCAUCUCGUGGCUCCUACCGCAUAACGCGAAACUCAUCACACUUCAAAGUCUUAAAAGGUCAGCAUGACAUUCAUGCUGCAACAGAGGAUUACGAUGAUACACCAUUGCCACAAAUCGCAAACCCCCCUCGUAACGAGAGAAUACAAACUCCUCCUAUGGAAUCUACAUGA